AUGAUACUCGUGAUAAAUUAUAAUAAUACACAAUAAAUUUGUGAGUAUAUACUUAACAGGUAAUUUUAAAAUUUUUGAUUUAUUAAAAAAAUAAAAAAACACUUUAUGAAGCAUUGUAAUUCAGGUGAAAGGAAACGUUGAUAAAGUAGAAUUGUAACUUUCAAAAUCUACUUUUAAUUUAAUUUAUCAUUAUUAAAAUUCUAUUUUGUUUACAUUUUUUUUUUUUUACUAAAAAAUGUUUGAAUACUUUUAUAUAUUUGUUAUUGGAUUUUUAGACAUAGCAGGUCUAGGUUUAAUUAUGUCUAGUUUAGGUGUUCGUCUCAGGCAGUUUGGGGCUUCUCACUUUCAAGUAAAUUCACUAGAAUCUUUAUUUUCAGGAAUGCAAAUAAUGACAAGUCCUAUAGUAGGAACACUUAGUGAUCGCUACGGUCGAAAAAAAGUUAUCACAUUAUCAAUGUUAAUAAAUGUAAUAUGUUAUUUUUUGAUGGGUUAUUGUUACACAUUUUUAUCAUUAUCUGUAGUUCGGCUAGUAUUAGGUGGUUUGAGUCACACAAUAAUGCUAGGAAGGUCAUUAGUCGGGGAUAAUAUUCCUAAAGAGCAUUUAAUUAGUGUUCACGGAAAAAUGAAUGGUUUUUUCUCCAUAGCAAUGAUGAUCUCCCCAAUUAUUGGAGGAAGUUUAUCAGAAAAACCAAAUGGAUUUUUCUAUGUAACCUGUCUUACUAGUUUAUUAUGUAUUUUGAAUUUGAGUGUUAUUAUUUUAUGUGUGCCCAAUAAAAAAAUUAAAAACGGUAAUGCCAAAAAAGGUAUCUUCAGUCAAUUGAAAGAACUAAAUUUUACUGUUUAUUGGCCCAUAUUAUUUAUGAAAUUUACAUGUAUGGCAUUAUUUUUAACCUUAAUGAUAUCAUUUAGUAUGGUUCUAAGUGAAAAUUAUAAACUUAGUCCAUCUCAAAUUGGAUAUACUAUUGCUUUUAGUAGUUCAGUUGGUGUAGGCACUGGAUUUUUUUCAGCAAAAAUAGCAUCUAUAUUUAAAUUGUAUAGUAUUUUCAAUAAAUGUUGUUUCAGUUUUUUGUUAAUAUCAUUUGGACAUUUAGGCCUAUCAUUCCAACCAAAUCUAUUAUAUUACUUAAUUUUCACAAUUCCAAUAGGUAUAGGAGGGACUCUAUCUGAUGUGUUUUUAAAUCAAUUAUUAUAUGAACAAAGUAAUGAAAAUAAUCGAGGAUCAAUGGAAGGUGCUAUGGCCAGCAUUUCUGCCAUAUCACGCUGUAUUACUCCAAUGGUAAUANGCUAUGGCCAGCAUUUCUGCCAUAUCGCGCUGUAUUACUCCAAUGGUAAUAGGUAUUACUAUGGAUAAAUAUGGAGCUCAAGGUGUUUACUUAUUAGCAUCAUUAACUGCUAUGUCUAAUGCUGUAAUAGUUAAAAUAUUUAACGGUAAAAGAAAUAAAAAAUACAAAAAAAAACUUUAAAAAAUUGUUUUGGUUAAGCUUUUAUUUUUAAUGUUAUCUACUUAUUUUAAAUAUAUUUUUAUGGUAUUUAGCUAAUAUUACAUUUUUUUACUAAAACCUUAUUUUUAAUUUUAGAGUAUACACUGAAGUGAGUGUUUUUAUUUUAAUGUAAACAAUGCAUAACUGUUUUAUUUUAGGGUUUCUGUUAAUUGUUAAAUAAUUGUAAAUGUAUGCUAUAUACCCCCAGGUCUCAAAAAUAGGAAUUUAUGGUUUAUGAAUAAAAGGUCUAUAAUUAUUAUAGUCAUAUUAAUGUAAAUAAUUAAAGCGAUGACAUAUUAACGUACUAAGUCACAAAAACUAAAUUUUACAGAACAAGGAAUCGACGUAAAGACCUUUGACAAUCGCUUUUUUGUUUUCAACAUUAUAUUUUACUGAAAUUCGACUUAUUUUUCAAUAGAUUAUUUGCCUAUAUAUUUACUAAUCUUUUUAAGUAAAAACAAAAUUAUUUUUUUGGAAUUUUGUGUUAUUUUUGAGAAGAUCCAAGGAAGUUAGUUCGGUCAAUAUAUAUCUAUAAUUGAUAGUAUUGACACAGUUUUUUAUUGAUAUACUUAUUUAACUGUUAUGAGAUUAUCCAAGUAAACCCUUCUAUGAUAAAUAUUAUUUAAUUGUAAAUGAACGUUAUAUUUGUGACUUCGGAUAAAUAUUAUAUUUAAUGAAAAUCGAAUUGAUAACAUCUACAGUAUAUGAAUUUGAACGCAUAAUUUCACGAUUUAAAAAACAUCGACGUAAAACAACUUAUAGUUAAAUUAUGAAAGGUGUCAUUAAUUGCAUAUAGACGUUAUGAUGUAAAGUUAAUUUUACGAAUUCAUUUAGCGAUCCUAGAAAAGUGAUAAUAAUUUUGUAACAGGUUGAGUUGAAUUGCUUAGAUCUAAAAAACAAAAAUGUUGCUUUUGUACUUUUUUUAAUUAUUGUUUAAAUUAAAAUUUAGUGUUAUCGUUUGAUUUACUGUUAAGUAAAACAUUUAUAACUAAUGUUGAUGUAGUAUUACAAAAUAGCAUGCUGCUUGUUUUGGACUCUCGUGUGACUCAGUUCCCUAAAAUUUAAUGAAUCAUAGCUCGCUGAUAAUUAAACAAAAUAAAAAAAAAUUGUCCUAUCUAAUUUGAUUAUAUAUAAAAAAAAAUAGGGUUAACAUUUGAAAAUUGAAAGUUGAUACUGAUUUAAAGCAUAAGGGAUGAUCAUAAAAUUGUAAUUUUACUCACUGAGCAGUUCAAGGUAGAAACAUAAUAUUUCAUAAAGAAAAAAAAGAUAAUUCUUAUAUUUUCAAAAAUAGUUUGUAAUGCAUAGUUAAUCAAUGAAAAAAUCACUGUAUAAUAACUUUAUAACUUUAAUGUAUAUAACUUUUAUAUACAUUGUGAUUCAUUUAGCAUGAUUCACUUAAUUGAAAAAAUAAAAAUAGUUUUUAUAAUUUUGUUAUAUUCAUCGUUUAUACUUUAUUAGGGUGUCGAUUUAUUCUUAAUUUUUGAAGUGGAAAUAAUACUCACUUAACUAGUUAAUAUGUCAUGAACUCAUAAUUAUUAUGUAAAUAUUAGUUUUAAGGAAUUUUUAUUAUUAAUAUCUAGAAAGUAAGAAACAUUAUAAUUAUUAGAAAGUGUAAUAUUGUUAAUUAUAUCAUUAAUUGUUAAUUAUUCCUAAUAAAAAGGUACCUGAUCACUGACUCGGUGGUCAGUGUUCAAUCGGUAAAUGUUA